UUUUAAUUUUUGUGAAUGCCAAGUAUUUAGCAUGGUAGAAAACGGUUCUAAAAAGUUUGUACUUUUAAUGUUGGCUUAAAAAAGUAUGCACUGGUUCAAUAUAGUCGUCCAAUUUAUUCAUAAAAGAAUUUAAUCAUAAGAGGAACAACUUAAACGAAAAUUAGUUGAAAUUUGAGACUUAUCAUAAUUCAUAAAUUGGGUGCCACGUGUCAUCAAUUAUAAACGACCAAUAGUUGAUUUACUCCUCACGAUUCGCGAGUGGGGGAUAUCGGGGAAACACGUCGUCGUUUUACUUGGAGGCGCCAGUCCGCGGUUCUUACGUCCUCGUUUUUAUCCAACGGAGGACGGGGCAGUGAAGGAGAAGAUGCUCUGGCUUCACUCUUGCACAUGUCCCGGUGCUUUCACAGCAAAAUCAUUUCGUGCCUCACCUGCUUUCUUCUCCGCUAGGGGUCGGAAUCAUGAAUUCCCUCUCGGAGUUGCGAGAACAAUUAGAGGCUGUUGUGGUUUCGACGGAGCCUUAGGCUCCGAUGGUGAGCCAGAGCCGGUCUUCGCUAAGAGGACGAAUUACGCCGGCGUGCGGUUGGAGGAGACUGUUGAGGCCGGUUCAGGAAAGCUGAGGCUCGAUUCUUGGAUAUCUUCCCGCAUCAACGGCAUAAGUAGGGCUCGUGUGCAGUCAAGUAUUAGAGCGGGGCUUGUUCAUGUCAACGGCCGUGUUGUUGAUAAGGUUUCUUUCAAUGUCAAGGCCGGGGAUAAGAUCAAUUGCACGAUUUCAGAGUUACAACAGUUGAGAGCUGAGCCAGAACAUAUGGAGUUGGAUAUUGUUUAUGAAGAUGAGCAUGUGCUAGUAAUUAAUAAACCUGCACACAUGGUUGUGCAUCCAGCACCUGGAAAUACAUCUGGCACUCUCGUCAAUGGCAUUCUUCACCAUUGCAGCCUUCCAAAUGUUGAAAUUUCAAACAAGGAAGCUCUUUCAGAGACUGAAGAUUCUGAUGAUGAUUUUGAUAGCUACUCUAUUCGUCCAGGUUCCUGUGAAGGUUUACAAUCACAUUCCAGCAUGUGUGGAGCAUCAGUCCGCCCAGGGAUUGUGCAUAGGCUGGACAAAGGCACUAGUGGACUGCUUGUUGUGGCGAAGGAUGAACAUUCCCAUAUCCAUUUAUCAGAGCAAUUCAAGCUACGUACUAUCAAAAGGGUGUAUGUCAGUCUAACUGUUGGGGUUCCCUCUCCAACUGCUGGACGUGUUGAGGUUCCAGUUGGCCGUGACCCUAAUAACCGGCUUAGAAUGACUGCUGUAGCUGGAUCGGUUAAUUCUAGAAAAGCCCGUUAUGCUGCUAGUAGGUACAAAGUAACUGAGAUACUUGCUAAGGGUGCCUGUGCAUUGCUUGAAUGGAAGUUAGAAACUGGGCGUACUCAUCAGAUACGUGCGCACUCUAAGUAUCUAGGAGUUCCUUUGCUGGGUGAUGAGGUGUACGGAGGGACGAAGAGCAUGGCCUUAUCACUUCUUCAGCCCAGAACACCGACGAGCUUGCGGGGCCAAAUUGUACAGAUGGUAUCUAGGCUAGAUAGGCCUUGCCUUCAUGCUUUGACUCUUGGAUUUCGGCAUCCCCAUACAGGAGAGCAGUUGCAUUUUUCUUGUCAACCCCCUGCAGACUUUGAUGAGAUUUUGAGCCAGCUUCGGACAAUUGGCUGAGAGUCCAUCUUUCUUGCAGCCUUGAAUUUCAUGACAAGCAAUUUCAGUAAUCGAGUUUUGCCGCUUCACUAUUGUCUCCACUUCCUUUAAUCAUUGCCAGACAUGAAGGCUUAGAAGAAACGUUUAUCAUGAAAGGCAUUAGGAAUACACGGAAUAUGGAUUAGCUUAGCCCACCCCGACGCACAACUCAUGACGGCUUUUUUGGGGCCUGCACGUCGAUUUUGGAUGAAACAAUUAAAGA